AUGGAGAGACAGAUACAGAGAUUCCUUAACAAGCUGUCGUUCGCCUCAAUCACCAUAGCCACGUUCACCCUCCUUUUCCUCCUCCUCCGGACCCCUCAGACCUGCCUCCCCCCGGCAUCCUCCUCCGGCCACCUCCGCUUCCCCAAAUCCACCUGCGACUCCUCCGCCCGCCACUACUUCCCGCUUGAGAAAAAGAACCAACGCCUCUGGUCCACCCGCACUUUCCAGUCCCAGGUCUCCUCCUACUCCGCCUUCUUCCGCUCCCUUCAGUCCCUCGGCCUCCUCCGCAACCACUCCAGGGUCCUCUGUGUCUCCGCCGGCGCGGGCCACGAGGUCAUGGCCCUGACCGAGAUCGGCGUCUCCGACGUUACUGGGGUCGAGCUCGUUGACUCCCCGCCGCUCGUGAGCCGGGCGGAUCCGCACAACCUCCCGUUUUUCGACGACGCCUUCGAUUUGUCCUUCAGCGCCCACCUCGCCGAGGCCCUGUUCCCAGGACUGUUCGCUGCCGAGAUGGAGCGGACCGUGCGGCGGGGCGGGGCGUGCGUGGUGGCCGUGGAGGAGUGUGGGGAUGAGGAAGUUAAAGACAUCGUGAUGCUGUUUAAGAAUUCUAAGUUGUUAAGUGUUCAGAAUGUUACAUUGAUCGGUUUGAGAAUGACAAGGAUUGUUAUGAAAGUAAAGUCUGCUUCUUGA